AGGACCUAAUGGAGGGGUGAAUUCAUUUGGGUUCAGGUUGUUUCUUUUUCUUCAACCAUCUUCGAAUCUGUUCCUAUUUUCUACUUACAGUCUUUUCAGCCUACCUCAUUUAUUAUUCAUCCUAUAUCUGAAACUCCUAUUGCAUCGCAAACUGGGUACAUUAAUUACCUAAUUAGGUAUCAUAAGGAGAUAUACUAAAGACUAAAGUCUUACGUCGGCACUGUUUUCCGUAUUAGCACCAGAGCUGUAACCUGAACUGCCCAAAGUGUCAAAAAACAGCCAAAAACUACCCCGCCACUCAUUUCAUGUGCUUAUUGUUCCUCUAGCUCUUGCUGCAUAGACCGUUCAUCUUACCAGCUUCACUCUACAUUCAAAGUUUAAUAAAUCAUUCUCCAAUCAAAUAAAGAAAAAAAAAUAUACAGAGAGAGGUGUGACACCAAGGUUAGGCAUUCGUCAUGCCAUCCUCACGUUUCAGCUUCGGCAGCUUGCUGCUGGUCAUCGCUAUCGUCCUGGUUGUGAUGCCCGGCAAAGUCGCUGCUUUCGGUGCUGGAAACAUCCCUUCCAUUGCCCAAGUCGAAGGCCACAAUUGGCGCCAUGGAGAUAUCGAAGAUAUGCUUAAGACUAUCGCUUUCCUUCAUGGAAAGAAAUGGACUACUCUUAUGGUUCAACGUACGUACUUUGGAAAUUGGCUUCGCGAUUAUUCGCAAGCUAUAGAUGUAGGGAGUUUGAAGGGUGCGAACGCCGCCACCAUCCGCGUCCUAGUUUGGGUCCUUUCCUUCCUCGCCAACGGAUAUGCAACCGAGGAAUUUGAGGUGACUGAGGAGCGUCUUGGCGUCUACAGACCUGAAGAGCACAUUGAUAAUCCUCUUGGGUACGCCGACGGUGAUGACGCCAGGACGUUCGAUAAGCGGCUUCGUGGCCCCGUCUCACCUAUUGAGACAGAGAUCGACACUCGUACUGGUAUGAAAAAUUACAUCUCCAAUGAACAUGGUAGCUGGGCGACAAGUGCCGGUUAUCUCAGGUUCAGCAUCGGCCGAAGCAUACAUUUCGGUAGGCUUUACUGUCACGGGUCCCACGGAAAAGGAAAGGAAGAGGAUCUGUGCGAGGCAUUGAGAUGUCUUGGACAGUCGCUUCACUGCAUGGAAGACUUUAGCGCCCAUAGCAACUACUGCGAACUCGCAUUGCGCGAGCUUGGUUAUCAUGAGGUUUUCCCGCACUGCGGAUCGGGAUCCGAGAUCCACCUGCGCGGCAAGCGAGUCUUCCCCCUUGUGACAGGUACAUUUGGUGGCGUCGACUUUCUGCACUCUGUUCUGGGUGAAGCCAACGAUCAUUUCACCCAAUCAGAAGUUGAUCAGUUAGACAUUGCCUUAAAGAACUCCGAACAGGGCGCGGGAGGUGCGGGGCCCUCAAGCGGCUCACGUGGAUUUGGCGGAGGAAUUGGUAGCGGCGCAGGCGAUUUCAUCUCCCUUGUCAGCCAGUUACCGGGAAUAGGAGGCGGGAUGGCUUCCGAGGCGCGUGGCUUGAAGCGGAUGGCCGAGGAUCAGGACAGGCGUAACGAGCAGCAGGAUUCGUACUACGCUACACGAGCAAGCUCUGGCGCCAACCAAAAUAUUGUGCCUGGUAUGAGCGAAAACUUCGAUCCUGUCAAGGUUUCAAAGCAGAUCUACCCCAUUCUAGAGUUCCGUGACAAGAUCGUAAAAUCGAUCAAUAGGGGUAUUGCCAAGAUCCCAGGCUUGGAGAAUCUCCUCGAGCAUAUUAGCGAGACAUUAACUGCCUUCGUGCUUGGUCUGUUAGCUCCAUUUGUGAGGCCUAUCAUCAACGCUGUCACGAAGGCGCUGAAGGAUGGUUCCUCGGGAGUUAUCAACGCAAGCGCCCACUCGCAGCUAGAGCCGUGGAAGAACCCUCAGUGCACCGACCCAACCCACUCUAUGCUUUCCAAGGACCAUUUCACUAACAUCCUGAACCCAUGCGCUGGCCGAAUUGCCACGACGAUUCUCAAAUAUGUUGUACCGAGAAUUCUCUAUGCCUGGGACAACCCCGGCGUACCUGUUGACGAAGUGGUAAAUGACGUCCUGCGUGCAUUCCACCACCCAGCCCUUCGAGAUGAACAUGUCGAAAUCCAACGCGAGAUGUUUGACACUGUACGCAAAUGGGCUGAUGAAUAUCCUCGACGCCACGAGAUCAACCACGUCCUAGGAUCGGAUUCGGUGCGAAAUGGUAAAAACCACAUCCUAUCGGGACAGAAAGGUCAUUCUCACGGAGGCGGUAUUUUCGACGGUGGCCUUAAGGAGCAGCUGGGUCACGGCAGACCUUCUACCUCGCUAUGGUCACAGUGUGCCACCAGAGACCUUAGCGCGAUGGGAGCUGGAGAGGGGUUGCGACCAACAUCAGACUAUGGAUCAAAUCGCCCAACUUCAUCUAACUCUUAUAACUCCCAAGGACAUUCUGCACCGAGCCCUAGCUAUGGCUACUCGGCGCACCAAGCCCCGCCCCAAGGCGGUGGCGGCUACGGUCAUUCCUCCUCACAGUAUCAAUCAUACGGCCAACAAGGAUAUCAGCAACAAGGCUACGGUGCUCCUCCUCAGGGCGAGGCUUCAUCGUAUUAUACCUCAUCACAGCCGCCGCCCCAAAAUUACCAAAGUCAGGGAUACGGAGGACCACCACCUCAUCAACAAGGAGGAUAUCCGCCUUACGGAAACCAGCAAUGGGGAGGUGGGUAUGGAAACGCGCCGUACCCUUGAGAAAUCAUGAUCGUGGGGGUUGGGAUUCACUAGGAAUGGCGUUGGUACAUGAGUAAUGAUUUUGCCCUGUUGAGGCUGGGGCGUGGGAGAUUCCCGUAACAAUACACUUUUUAGGAUGAUUUUCCAAA